AUGUGGGAUGCGAAUCUGGAGCUCGACGUCAUCAGCUACAACGCUGGGAUCAGCGCGUGCGAGAAGGGCCGGCAGUGGCAGCGGGCGCUGGCGCUGCUGAACGAGAUGUGGGAGUUUAAGCUGGAGCCCAACGUCUUGAGCUACAACGCUGGGAUUAGUGCGUGCGAGAAGGGCGAGCAGUGGCAGAGGGCCCUGGCGCUGCUGAGAGACAUUCGUGUGGCGAAGCUGGAGCCCAACGUCAUCAGCUACAACGCUGGGAUCAGUGCUUGCGAGAAGGGCGAGCAGUGGCAGCGGGCUUUGGUUGUGCUCGGCGAGAUGAGGGAGGUCAAGUUGGUGCCCGACCUGAUCAGCUACCAAGCUGGGAUCAGCGCAUGCCACAGAUGCGUGCAGUGGCGGGGGGCGUUGUCGUUGUUCGGCGACAUGCAAGAGGGCUCACUGGAGCCGAACGAGGACAGCUACAACUUGGGAAUCACAGCGUACGAAAGGGCCUCUCGCGGCGCUGCAGGAUUCCCGGGCUGUCCUCAGAUCGGUCUCUCGCGGCUUCGGGUCUCAUGCGGAGCACCGCGCGUGCGGGGCCCUGGUGGGGGGCAACUACCGUGA